AACACAUGGUGUGUGAUCUUGACCAGGAAGGCAAGAGAGGCCCCAACCCAGCCCUGUGGUGGGUGAACAGCCAAGGAGACGAAGUGAAGUGGAGUUUCAGAGAGCUGACAGACUUCACCUGCCGCGCAGCCAACGUCUUCACGCAGACCUGUGGCCUGCAGCAGGGAGACCGUCUCGCCUUGAUUCUGCCUCGACUGCCUGAGUGGUGGCUGGUGGCCAUGGGCUGCAUCCGAACAGGGAUUAUCUUCAUGCCAGGGACAACCCAGAUGAAGGCCAAGGACAUUCUCUACCGACUAAAGGAGUCUAAUGCCCAGAGCAUCGUGACCACAGAUGCCCUUGCCCCGGAGGUGGACUCUGUGGCUUCUGAGUGUCCCGCUCUGAAAACCAAGCUCCUGGUGUCUGACCACAGCCGUGAGGGGUGGCUGGACUUCCGAUCUCUGAUUCAGUGCUCUGUGGACACCUUGUCGCCCCCAAGCCUCAGGUUCCCCACUCUGGAGCAUUGCGCUGCUGGCGGGGAGGCCGUGCUGCCCGAGGAGCAAGAGAAGUGGAGACAACGGACAGGCCUUCUGGUCCACCAGGUCUACGGACAGGCGGAAACGGGAUUCACAUGCGCCACCCUCCGGGGAUCACAGGUCAAGCCCGGCUCCAUGGGAAAAGCCAUCCCACCCUUCGAUGUCCAGAUCAUCGACGACGAGGGCAACAUCCUGCCGCCCAACACUGAGGGCAACCUUGGCAUCAGGAUCAAGCCCACCAAGCCCAUCGGCCUGUUCAUGUUGUAUGAGAAUGACCCAGUGAAGACAGCCAAAGUGGAGUGUGGGGACUUUUACAACACUGGGGACAAAGCAACUAUUGACGAAGAGGGCUACAUCUGGUUCCUGGGGAGGGACGAUGACAUCAUCAACUCCUUGGGACCUUUUAAACCAGGGAACUGGGUGGCACUCACCCUGAGCCCCAGCUCUGGUUCUGCAUUGCAGGUGGUGAAGGCCUUCAUUGUCCUGACCCCACAGUUUCUGUCCCAUGACCCGGAUCAGCUCACCAAGGAGCUGCAGGAGCACGUGAAGGCAGUGACAGCCCCAUACAAGUACCCGAGGAAGGUGGAGUUUGUCCCUGAGCUGCCCAAAACCGUCACUGGCAAGAUCAAAAGGAGUGAACUUCGGGAAAAGGAGUUCGGUCAGAGGCAACAGCAGUAAAUUCAGCAUCCCUUCUGGGUGUGACCUUGGGCACACCCCUGGCUGCCUCGGUGCCCCCACAUGGCGGGCGAGGGGGGAUGUUGAGGGCUGAUGGGGAAGGGCCCAGGACGGCCAGCAUUCCCGCAUUUCUGUUCUUUUCAGUGAACAUCAGUCACUACCCUGCCUCCAAGGCUCUUGUUCCUUUGGAUGCCCAGGCGGGCGCUCAGAUCGGGGCUGAAGAUAAUAAAGUGCUGACAUCGACAUCA